AUGUCGCAAUCCAUACUGGUGAUUAUUGGUGCCGGCGGGAUCGGCGAGGCCAUUGCACGUCGAGUUGGCCCUGGGAAAGAAGUCUUGCUGGGAGACUGGAGUAACGCGCUCCUACAAGAAGCCACGCAACGAAUGAAGCAGGACGGCUUCAGAGUCACUUCUCAGCAUGUGGACAUAUCAUCGCACGAUUCAGUCAUUCAAUUCGCGAAAACAGCGCAGAGCCUGGGGCAGGUCAUGCAUGUCGCAAUCUCGGCGGGCCUUUCGCCGGUCUCGUCGACACGAGAGACGAUCCUUGCGGUCAAUUUGGCUGGCACUGGCUUCUGUAUUGCAGAGUUUGGCAAGCUAAUAGGCCAUGGGGGAACAUGCGUGGUAAUCUCGUCCCUGGCUGGCUAUACCUUGGCACAAGAUGUCCCCCGCGAAGUGAUUCAGCAUCUGGCACGCACCAGUCCCAGCGAUGUUCUCGGCUCACCACUGUUACGGGAGACUGUGCUGGACCACUGGUCGGCAUACGGCAUGUCUAAGCGGGUCAAUUAUGUGCAAGUACAAGAUGCCAGCUUAUCGUGGGCCCGGCGUGGUGCGCGCAUAAACUCUAUCAGCCCCGGCGCCAUACAGACUCCGAUGCUCACUCUGGAAUCGGAGGCCAGCAAGAAAGAGGUUGUGCACGACUUGGCGCAGAACGUGCCGUGCAAGAGAGUUGGGGGUGGUGGUGAAGUCGCGCAUGUAGCUGCAUUCCUCCUGGGCUCCGAGUCAAGCUUCGUCACUGGCACUGACAUGCUGGUUGACGGUGGGGCACUAGCUUACCUUAGUAGAGAUACUAGCCCCUAG